AAUGCUUGAGAGAUAGAUCCAUACCACACACAGCUACCCAUUCCAGGAUGCUGUGGUGACCCAAUGCAGAGAGAGAACGAGAGAUACACACACACAUAAUGCCUAACAACGCUCUGGCAUCACACAGCCCAGCCCACCCCUCCUUCCCUACAUACACACAUCCCAACCCCAUAUGCCUCUCCGUUCCUUUAACCAGCCUCUUUCGUUUGCUGCUGCUUCCUUUUUUUUCUCCUUCCUCCAAUGGUUUCUCCCAAUGACAUAAUAACAGCAUGCUAGCAUCUCUCUCCUAUACAGCAAAAUACCCCUCGAUAUAAAACGCCAUUUCGCAGAAUCUUCUCUGGCUGGUGCCAUCAACAACCCACUGCCGGGUGGGGGGACAGCGAGAGAAGCCGUCUCUCACCUCCCCCAGUGUGUGACACCUUUGAGAAAGCAGACCUUUUUGGUAGUAGUUGUUGUUAUAGCUUUAAGGAAUCACACAGCCACACAACUAGUUGGGUCCUUGGCAAGUUGAGUCAGAAAGAUCAAGUGAUUUCCACAAACCAAUCUGUGCCUCAGACCGAAGAACAGCAGCUGAAUUUGGAAGAACAAAAGGAGGAAUUUGGAAGAACAAAAAGUGAAACAGAAAACAGGCAAAAAAAGGGAAAAUAACCAAGAACCUUGAUCUGAAGACACCGAGAACGUCCCCAAGCAUUCCUAAAAACUCUCUGAAGUUGUGUAGAUUCAGGGAGCAACCGUUUUUAGAAGACACCACAAAGUAUCUUUGAAUGUUCUAGUCUUUCCACAGGACUUCUGCAGAUUCCUCGUCAUCUGUUGAGAAGAUUAAUACAAGCAAUUUAGAGAUCCUCUAGAUUUUCCUACUAGCUUCCUUGUAGUUCUCUAUACAUUGUUUAGUAUCUCUCCACAAGGUCCCUACAGGCUUCCAGUAAAUAUCUAGAUCUUUUAUAGAGACCUUCUGCUGUCCUACUAGUAGGCAUCUCCCUGCCAUACUGUAGUAGCCUUCCAAAGGAUUGUCAACUAGCUUGUCAGGAUUUCCAUGUCAGUGGUCUAGAAGCUCUCCAGACCCCCUGCUAUUCCUGUCACUCCACAGCCAGCUAGUUGUCAAUUCCUUCAUUUUCCAGUUGUGUCCUCCACCAUAUUUUUCUGAAUCGCUCUCAACAAUUUCUAUACGCGUUCUUCAAGUUCUCAACCAUUCUCCAGAAAUUCUGAAUGUAAUUUCUGCCACUUCUUUGGCAGCCUCCUUUUAAAAAAAAGACAAUCCAUUUAUAUUUUUUCCUGCCACAUAUCUGAAGAAAACAAACUAUUCCAGAAGCAAACCAGAAGAACUUCUGCCAGCAUUCCUCGCAGCAUUCCCAAGACCUUAGGAAAGAGCUCUUUAGGCAAUCUUCCUCGCCUGUCCACGCUCAAAACUCUUACUCAGAAGUUAGGUCCCCUGCUGUGAUUUCUCAAAAGCCAUCGCUAUUCCAGAUUCUGACUAAGAAGAAGCCAGCUGCAGUGGGCAAGUCCAUCUUCACCGCUCUUACUACCACUUGCAUCUGUUCGUGCUGGCUUCGUUUCUCACCGCCAAGCUGGAGUCCCUUAAGCGCUGGAAUGAGGAGAGGAUGGUCUGGUGUGAGAAAGGUGUCCAGAUUCUACUCACCACUGUGGGGGCCUUUGCGGCCUUUGGCCUCAUGAUCAUUGCCAUUGGCACAGAUUACUGGCUGUAUGCCCGUGCCUUCAUCUGCAAUACCACCAACAUCUCGACGGAGGAAACUCCCCAGAAGGACAAGAAAGACCCUGGAGGGCUCACCCAUUCAGGCCUUUGGAGGAUAUGUUGCUUAGAAGGGCUGAAGCGAGGUGUAUGUGUAAAAAUUAACCAUUUUCCAGAGGACACAGACUACGAUCACGACAGUGCGGAAUACCUCCUACGUGUGGUACGGGCCUCAAGCAUCUUCCCCAUUCUAAGUGCUAUCUUGCUGUUACUGGGAGGAUUCUGCGUAGCUGCAAGCCGUGUCUACAAGUCCAAGCGCAACAUUAUCCUCGGUGCUGGCAUCCUAUUUGUUGCUGCAGGUCUCAGUAACAUCAUAGGUGUUAUUGUUUACAUCUCUGCCAACGCUGGGGACCCCGGCACAAAACGGGAUGAUGAGAAGAAGAGCCACUACUCUUAUGGCUGGUCCUUUUACUUCGGUGGACUUUCCUUCAUCCUGGCAGAGAUGAUUGGAGUUCUAGCCGUCAACAUCUACAUUGAGAAGAACCGUGAGGCCCACUGCAAGAGCCGCACGGAGCUGCUGAAGAACCCUUCCUCUUCUUCCUCGGCCAUCUUGCGCCUUCCCAGCUACCGUUUCCGAUACCGCCGCCGGUCGCGCUCCAGUUCCCGCUCCACCGAACCCUCACAGUCUCGAGAAACCUCACCCGUAGGCCUCAAAGGAUUCCCUUCCACCGACAUCUCCAUGUAUACACUGUCGAGGGACCCCUCCAAGGCCAACAUCAGUUCCCUGUAUGGCGGUGCCAGCGAAACGGCCUCCACGGGGGCUGCGGCAGCCCCACCACCGUCAGGGGCCACGGGUACAGGCAGUGGUGGGUUCUUACAGUUGCACAACACCUUCCCCAAGGACCCUGGCGUCACUGUCACUGUAACCGGGCCCAACGUAGCGGGGGCAACAGGCACCUUGGGUAAAGAUGCCUCUUCCAACACCAACACCCUCAACAGGAAGACGACUCCAGUGUAAGGAAGGAGCAAAGAGAGGAGAGGGUAUCGAAAGGGUAAGAGGUGAAGACAAGACACAGCUCAAAGGAUGUUGGGAGUGUCAGAAUGUUCUGAAGCGAGAAAACAAUCCAUUCUACAGUUCCUUCCUUCCCUUUUCUCGUUUCGUCCUCCUUUCCUUUCUCUCUUUCCUUUCAAUCUCCGUCUCUUUUUGUCUUCCCCAUCACCUUUUUGACCUACCAGUGGGACCUAAGAUUACAUCUCACAUCUUGUGGAAGAGAAGGAGUACUUUCACCAAGGGGCUUUUGUGAAAAUAAAUAAAAAAAUAACUACGAGGCAGACUUCAACCAUUUCUACUACUAACAGUUUAGGAGAAAUAACUCAAACAUCGCUGUCCUUACAAUCAGGCACCUCAAGAAUAACUGGGACAGAUGCUUUUGACACUGGCCUUCAGAAGAAGGGAGCCCGUGACUGCGGCUCAGUGGCUCUUGGGGGAAAAGUGUCCUUCCUCAUGCACACUUGGUUGAGUUUUCUAAUGGACAGCCAAGAGGGCCUGAAAGCGGUGUGGAUAUGGAUCAAACGUGGCUUGGGUACGGAUUGAAAGCUCGGUCUCCCCUGUUCACAAGCUGUGUACAAGAUAGCUUCCACAAUGUACUGUGCCAAAUUCUGGGGCUGCAGUGCGGAUCAAGAGGGUGUUUUGUUCCUCACAGAGUAUAAGGGAACCCUCUUUUCUCCUUCACUGCAGCUUUACUAAGGGCUGACAAAAGUUUGUGCCAAAACACAGUGCCAUGGGCUUGGGGGAGGGAUCAAGUAUUUGGGGAGGGGGGGGGGGAGAGAGAAGGCUUUGGGAAAUCUAAAAGGACUGACUGCCCCUUAGUGGUUGCCAGAGGUAUUUCUAAUCCCUAGACUUUGACAAAUCUCCUUUCUUCUAAUCUUGGACUCUUCUGUUUUUGGCCCAUCUGUAAGUCAUGACUGAGCCAUAGCUCUUCCUGAGAUGAAGCUGUCUUUGGGGAGGAGGGAGGGUGUCCCUGCUCUUUAUACAGGUAUCCCUUACCCAUUUUUUUUUCGAAAUAUUAAGUCAAUUAUAAUUGAUUUAAUUUGUUUGCCUUGUCCAUCUGGUAGGUAGAGUUUUAAUCGAUUCCUCAGCCUUGCACCUUCUUUUCGAUAUCUGGAUGAAGCGCUUUACAAAUGAAUCCAGAGGUCACGGAGAUGGAUAGAUCAGCUCCACUCAUCCCUACCCAAAUCCCCUGAAUCAGCUUCCUAGGGAGAAUUUUUACAUGUAUUAUAGUUAUAUAAAUAUAUAAGUAAAUAAAUAAAUAUAUAGACAGACUCACAGACACAAAGAGACAUAUAUGAGGAAACUAACAACAUGAUUGUGACGUUUCUUAGGACUUGGUUAAUUAUUUGGAGUCGAGCGCAGGGGUCAACAGUGACUUCCUUCUCAGUGGAAUUCUUUCCACUUGGAAGCUGUUUUAUAAAACAGGAUAUUUCUGAUCCUGAUGUUUUCUCCCCCUGAAUCAUGCUAGACUUGUUUUAUUUUAUUUUAUUUUUACUAUGUGCAUGCAGACACAGAUCUGCAGAUCCUCACUGCCAAUCCAGGUGGAAUCCCUUUAAUCUCAACAUUGAGCAGGGAUCCCAUGUUGUCCAAUGCAGAAUUUAUAUAUACUACAUGACCCCUGACCAUUAUAAACCUUUUUCUCCUGGUUUAUUUACUGCUCUGUUUAGUUCUUUCCCUCUGUUUAGUUGCAUCCUGGAUCUGGAACAAGAUGAAAAGUGAAGCCCCUCAGCUCCAGUAUUAUGAGGACCUGUUUUAUGUAUAUUUUCUGGCAAUAUACUGCCAACCCAAUUCUAACUUACUAGUUUACUUUAUAGUGACCAUAAUAUAGACUCAGGAUGGGCUUAUACACACAAAAUAGUGUCAUUAUCAAAUUUAUUCAUAGGGACUGGGGCCAAGAAGGAAGUAAAAAAGCAGAAUUCAGAGUUAAAUCUAAAAAAUCAAGAUAGUUCAUCUGAAUCAACAGUGUUGUCAGGGUACAGUUGGGCUAACAGUAGUUCAGCAGAAUGAAGGCUCUCUCAAAUUCAAUUUGCUUACUGCAUUUUGAAGGAAAUAAUCCAAAAUGCAUAUUGCCAUUUAAACAUAUCUUCCAACUGUCCCAAUUUGGCAGGGACAGACCCAAUUAAUCUUCUGUCAUCCUAUGUUCAAGGGUCCUUAAUUCUCUCUUCUCCUCCCACCUUCCUCCUUCCUCUUCAGCAUACUUCCAUAGCUGCAAACUGAGUUCAAAGUGCCAAAGCAGUAUAUGCUUAGUUGACAGCAAGGGGAGAGGAAAGGAGGAGGCAGAAUCUCAACCUUCCCAAUGGGUUUGGACAAAAGCAAACUGCUGCAGCCUCUCUUACUUUGUGUAUUCCUCAUUAAUAUCUCUUCCCGUCUUGACUACUCUCUGAUGUUGCUUGGCCAUGUGUGUCCCCGGUUUCAUCUGCAAGAGUGGGGAGCAGAACAACAAAAGGCCGUUACAACCAUUGUAUAAAAUUAUGUAACUGGAUCACCGAUCAGCAUUCCACUUCGUCUUUUGUGAAGGAGGGGGGGAAAAACUUUGGAAAACAAUGCUUUACAUUCUGCAGAAAUGCAUUCAUAUAAACUGAGUGCAUUUCUGCAUACAGUUUAUAUGGAUGCAGAAAUGGGGAAAUUGUACAACCAAACAAAAUGGACUUUGGUUUUUACAACCUUGGUAACACUUUGUAAAGAGUAGGUACUACUAGAUACUUUAGGAAUUAGUGCUGAUUGACAGAAUUCUGGUUGCAGACAAAAUGUGUUUACUCAAAGUAAUCCCCAUGUAGUUCAGCAGGGCUCACAUCCUAGUAAAUCCAUUUCAGACUGCAGUUCCAGGAACAACUGAUGCAGAAUUGCAGACCUCCAGAAUACAGUAGGAUUUGGCUCAGGGUGCAUCUACACCAGCCAUGGGCAAACUUUGGCUCUCAAGGAGUUUUGGACUACAACUCACACAAUUCCUAACAGCCUCAGGCCCUUUCCUUUUCCCUCUCAGCCGCUUAAGCUGAGGUUCACCCAUGCCUGAUUUACACUAUCAAAUUAAAGCAGUUUGACACCACUUUAUCUGCUAUGACUCAAUGCUAUGGAAUCAUGGGAACUCUAGUUUUCCAGUGUCUUUAGCCUUCUUUGCAACUCCCAUGAUUUCAUAGCCAUGGCAAUUGAAGAUGUUUCUACACUGACUAUAUAAUGCAGAUUGAACUGCAUUAUGUCAUCAGUGUAGAACCUACGCUAACCGUAUAAUGUUGUUCAAACUGCAGUAUAUGGUCAGUGUAGAACGAGCCAAAAGUAAUGUCAAACUGCAUUGACUCAGCAAUGUAGAUGCACCCUUAGCUAUCAGGCAAUUGAAAAUAAUUAAAAUGUUGAAACUGUUAUGUGUCUGGAUAACAGAAAAACUGCUCACUGAAAUGUUAACUACAGACAAGUUAUUGUUUUCCAGUAGCUAAUGGGAAGCCAUGUCUGAAAAAGUAUGAAACUGUGAUUGUCUCCUGUUUGCUCUAGCCUUCUAAGAAAUAUUGGUCAGAAUCCUGUAUUUGGGUUGCAUUUCCAUAAGUGAACUUAUGUGUGCGGGAAUUUGGGUGGUUUCAUCAUGUCCAUGCCCAUGCCCAACAGAGUGCUGUUGUAUUUCUAUGUAGCAAAGCUGGCAAAGUGACUAAUGGGCAAAGGGACCGGUAUGUGCUGGGUACCAAUGCGUAUCGAUGAUCUUGCCAAAAUGUUUCUUUGCAAUUCACUAACAGGGUUUCUUAGUGCCUCUGCUACAUAGCUAAGCUUACAUCAAGUUAUGUCACUGGGGCUGGAUCUACACUGCCAUACAAUGCAGUUUGAAACUUCAUUAUAUGUAGGCCAAAAUAAUGCACGGAACUGCAUUAUAUAGGUGUAGAUCCAGCCAUUGACAGUGAUAUAGGAUUCUGGCCCUCUUUAGAACAGGUAUGUGCAAACUUGGGCCCUCCAGGUGUCUUGGACUCCAACUCCCACCAUUCCUAACAGCCUCAGGCCCUUUCCUUUUCCCCCUCAGCCGCUUAAGCGGCUGAGGGGGAAAAGGAAGGGGCCUGAGGCUGUUAGGAAUGGUGGGAGUUGAAGUCCAAGACACCUGGAGAGCCCAAGUUUGCCCAUGCUUGGUAUAUGUCUGUAAAGUCAAUUUCAUAUUUUUCAAACAAGAGAAAGUAUUUAAAAAUAUAAGAGGAGAUAUGGUUUUGGUUAAAACAAAACAGCCAGUGAUUGUGCUAUUUUCUGGUGCAAAGGAAAAAAAGACAAUGCCUAUGGAGAGGAACCGUACAAACAAGUGAACAGCAACAGCAGUCUGUCUGUCAGUCUGUCAUAAUAGCAACAACGACAACAAAAAAUGCAUGGAUUUUUACUGGAAUCUACCUUUCAAAUAAAGUCCUAUGAAAAUA